GGCCCAAGCCCAUUAAUCUAUUCCGCGCUUCUUCCCUGUUUCGUCAACGGAUCGCCGCCGAGCAGAGAGCUCGACCUCGAGAAUCGCCGCUCGAUCGUCGCUCCGUCGCUCGCCGCCGUUCGCCGCCGCUCUUUCGCCGGACUCGCUUCCGUUUCGCGGCCGCUCAACCCCCGACGCCUGCGGCCACCUUCGGCCGGCGACACGCGGCGACGGGACGACCCGCGCAGACCCCCGCCGCCGCCGCCGUCGUAGCCGGGACCUCGGCCUCCGAAGUCCGGUUCCGCCGCGCCUCUCCCUGUUCGUCGCGUUUUUGCAGCUUUCCAAGACGCCGCUUCCCUCUCUCUCUCUCUCUCUCUCUUUUGCUGAGAUUUCCGCCCGCGACGGGGCGGCGCUUCGCGGGACGCCGUUGAACCCCGCGCAAGCCCCUCCACGCCGGCGCCGCCCGUCCCUAAACCCGGGGAGCACCAUCGGCGCGCGCUUGCAAGGCAUUUCGAGAUCGACCCAUUUGAAGAAUGUCCCUAAAGCUUCACGCUUUGGCUUGAACUAUCCAGAAAUUCGUUCUCCCUAUACCGUAUAGUUUGGCCUGCAUUGUCUAGAGUGAGGAUACGCGUGCGAUGACGAGUGCUGAGGAAGUGAAAAGAGACGAGCUCGCCGGCUUUCUGAAAGUGCUCCCGCCGGUGGAGUUUUCCUGUGUCUACGGAUCGACUCUGCAUCCUAACAAUCGGGACAAGUCAUCCAUGGUGGAUUACAUUGUUGGAGUAUCAGAUCCUUUGCAGUGGCAUUCUGAGAAUCUCAAACGGAAUCGAGAUCACUAUGCUUCCUGGAUGGUCCAUGUUGGUGGAGCAAAACUGAUCACGGAGAUUGCAGAUGAAAUUGGUGUUGGGGUUCAUUUCAACCCUUUUGUUACUUGGAAUGAUAAGAUGCUCAAGUAUGGAGUUGUUCGGAUGCAUGACCUGCUACAGGAUGUGCUCAGGUGGGACAGAUUCUACUUGAGUGGCAGACUGCAAAAACCUGUUCACAUACUGCUCGAUAACUUGGACAUUGAAAAUGCCAAUUCUUCUAAUCUGAGAGCUGCAGUCUCAGCUGCUCUUCUCCUCUUGCCGCAUGAAUUUUGUGAGGAAGACCUUUAUGCUAAGAUAUGCAGUCUCUCAUACAUGGGCGACCUACGUAUGCUUUUUGCAGAGGAUAGGAAUAAGGCGAGGAAGAUUGUACAAGGGCAAUUCAGUCUCUUUCAGUCUAUGUACAAGCCAUUUCUUGAGGAAUAUGAGACAAAAAAUAUGAUAAGAUUCUCAUCAUGCGGCAGUCAUAAAGCAAAUAUAUUUCAGAAUAUAAAUUUAUCCACCACCUCUUCGCUUGUUUCCUUGCUACCGCAAGCAAUGAGAAAUCACAUGGGAAUGAAGCUAGGAGAGCAGAAAAGGAUUGCUGAGUCAGGUCGAGUAGUGUGUGAUGUUAUGAUCAGCUCGAGAGAAGAGGCGGCAAAAUGCAUGCAGAAGGUUCUCCGGCGUACCGUGAUGAUGUCAAGUGCAAGGCAGGCUGUGUCGGGUUUCCUGACGGCUGGUGGUCUCAAUGCUGUUAGGUAUCUCGGCAAGAAGAUGGCCAAGGCCUGGAAGUCCCAGACCUGAUCACUAAUUCAUCACUUCUCUUACCUAGGAAACCUAAAUUUUGGCUAGAAGUUUAGGAGAAAGAGACACACAAAGAUGGGUUUUUCCAGGGAUGCUCACCUGCUUGUUCCUUUGCCGUUCGCACUAAUGCAGAAUGUCGGUAGUUUAUUUGCUGUGUUAUUUGAAUAAGUGAAUGAUGGAAAAUUUUGCUGUGAAAUAUAGUUUGCUCUUUGUCUCGUUUUGCUGC